UAUGAAUCAGAAGGAAAGCCUCCUAAAUCUGUUAGUAGAGGAUCCAAGGAUCUUACUCUGUGCCGGGUGUUUCGUAAAAGGACUUGUUGCUCUUCUGUUCAGACAAACCCGGCUUUCGUAGCUGUUAGAAACUUGGCUACUUAUGGAGAAGCUAGUCAAGAAUGCUUGCAAUUGUUCGAGUUAUUGGAGUGUUCAAUCUGUAACCCAAAUGUUGGAAUUCAACCGGGUCCUCCUCGCAUUUGCGCCUCCUUUUGUGACAGAGUCUUUGAAGCUUGCAAAGACGCAUACUUUGCCAGUAAUGCGCUUACACGGGUGAUUGGCCCUUGUGGAGUAAACGACAACAUCAUCUGCGUUAAGGCCUCAAAUUGGGAGUCCAAUGGCACAGCCUUUUGUGAAGCAGCUGGUUUUGCUGUCCAAACAAAUAGUGAUUCUAGAGAAAAACCAUGCUACGGAAGCAAAGCGAGUCUAGAAUCAGUUGUGGAGUCAUGGUCAAGAGACUCCCGAAAAGAAAGGCCUUUAAAGACUGAGACUUUGUCAUUUUUCAAAGAUCUUCUCCAAUGGGUUCGUGAAAUGACGACGAUUCAGAAAAUUUCUUUGGGAUUGUCGUUUCUUGUAGCAGGAAUGUUCUUGAUCAGGUGCUUCAGGCAAUCUAAUAACCGUAAUCAGAAGCAGCGGCUAGCUGCGAUUCAGAGGACUGCUACAAGAUUGGGAGGGAACACGAACGGGGAUUCAUACAGUGCAGCUAUACAUAGAAGAACAGUUCAAAGUUGACUUCUUUUCACCAAUGAACAAGCUCUGAUUAAGCUUAUGUAAGGAUAUAUAUUUUGUGGCAGUAGUUUGUAAAAGCCAGGAAUUAACUGUUAUCAAAGUCUUGUCUCAAGUGAAAUUUUGCCAAAUGCGACAAGAACUGUGUUGUAUUAUUCUGUCUU